AUGAUUGAGACGAUUUUUAGGAAUGCUGUCACGGGGUAUCUUGAAAAACGGCUUCUCUUAGCACUGCUCGAUUUUUCUCGACACCAGCGAGCGGCUCGGGGUUUAAUUGCGGUAAUCUAUACAAAAUAAUUUAAUAUUUUUGCUUUUUUCAGAUCUUUCUUCUGAACAGCGCGAACUUCGAGAUUCUGUUCGAAAAAUUCACGGCGGAUGAGAUCAUCCCAGUAGCGGCCAAAUACGACAAAUCCAUGGAGUAUCCAUGGGACAUUGUGAAAAAAGCUCACCAGCUCGGCUAUGUUACUGCCGCCAUUCCAGAAGAAUAUGGUAUGAGAAUUAUGUUUUUUGAACAAAAUAACCUUUUUGGCUUCAGGCGGGCUGGGUCUGGACAUGGUUUCCACCGUUCUGAUCAGUGAGGAAAUUGCCUACGGUUGUUCCGGAAUAGGAACUGCGCUUUUGGCCAACGACUUGGCUAUGACUCCGCUCAUCUUGUGCGCUAACGAUGACGUCAAAAAAAGAUUUCUGAGCAGAAUGUGCGAAGAACCUUUAGUAGCAGUCAGUUUUUACUUUUUCUAGAACCGUAAAACCGUUUCUAAACAAUUCCGCUUAUUUCAAUUAAACAAAUAAGGAAAGAAACUUUCACAGGCUUAUGGUGUCACUGAACCGGGAGCUGGUUCUGAUGUCGCUGGAAUCAAAACGAAAUGCGAAAAGAAAGGAGAUGAAUACAUUAUCAAUGGAUCUAAGAUGUGGAUAACCAAUGGCGGUCCAGCUAAUUGGUUAGUUCUUUUUUCUCAAAUCCAUUCAUCUUUCCUUUUCUGCAGUUCUCAAAAACAUAAAGCUGAAAAUAAAUUUUCUUUCCUAUCGGCCAGAUUAUUUUUCAAAAUGAUCGAACCGAACAAAUCGCGAAAAUGUGAUGUGAAGAAUUUUUUGAAAAUUUUCAAAAGAUUCUAGAAAUCGCAAAGUUGAAUUUCUACAUCAUUGACAAACUUCAGAUGAAAAUUCAAUAUGGUGCUAAAAUGUUUACAUUUUACAGGUAUUUCGUAUUGGCUCGAUCGGAUCCGGAUCCAAAGGCACCAUCUGGAAAGGCGUUUACGGCCUUCGCUGUAGAAGGAGACACACCCGGAAUCACUCGAGGAAAAAAGGUUACUCAAUAAUUUUGCGCAGUUCUUCGCAAUUUCGAUAGAAAUAAAAAAUGAAAAGUAAUCUAUUCAAUUUGGAUAAUUUUAUCAAUCGACUCUCAGUAAAAGCUUAUUAAAAAUUUCCAGAUAAAUGGAAAGAUUUUGGAACUCACAAGAAAAGCAGAAUAAUUUUUUAAUUUACGUUCUUCUAUAAAAAAUGGGAAAAGCACAAUGUUUCAAUUUAACAAGGGACAGCAAUUUUUGGUCAUUUUCCGUUAUUAUGCCUGAAUAUCUCUUUAACUUUCAGGAAAUCAACAUGGGUCAACGUUGUUCAGACACUCGUGGCAUCACGUUUGAAGACGUCAGAGUUUCGGCAAAAAAUGUUGUCGGCGCUCCCGGAGAAGGCUUCAAAGUGGAAUUAAGAGUAUCUUCUUUUUCGAAAAAUCAUGUUUAGGUUGCCAUGAAAACAUUCGACAAAACUCGACCUCUGGUCGCGGCGCUGGCUACGGGACUCUCGUUCAGAUGUCUCGACACGGCCACUUCCUAUUCCUUAGAACGAAAAGCCUUUGGAACUCACAUUGCUAACGUGAGAUUCAUCUUGAGACGUAGAAAUGAAUGAAAUUGGACAAAUGUAGGAAAUUGAUGAAUUAACGUGCAGUUUCGAAAAAAGACGCCUCAAAGUGCGCCCGAGCGUAAAAAAUUCUCCUUUUGCAUCAAAUGGAAAAUAUCUACUGUUUUUCAGAACAUAAAGUCUCGUCCGUAGCAAAGAUACAAAAAGCGCUUUUUUUUGUUAUGACUAUUAACUUUACCGUUCUGUCGGAUUUUUAAAUUGCGAAAAAAAAAUACGCACAUUCAUAGAGUUUCAAAAAAGUUGAACUCCCUAUAAGGAGGUUGUGAGAAAAAUCAGUUUUCGUAACAUUUAAAAAAAUUUCAAAUUUAUCUAAGUUUAAAAAAAAUUAGAAAAAGUCAUUUUUGGGAAAGUCAACAUUUACCUCAACUCAACUCGAAAAAGCCAUGUUUUAAUUUUGAAUUUUCAGUUCCAAGGCGUCUCUUUUAUUCUUGCCGAAAUGGCUAUCAAUGCCGAAUUGGCACGCAUGAUGACUUACAAGAGCGCACUUGAGGUUUCAAGCUUAAAACUUCUUCAGAAGCUUAUUUGCCACAGGUUGACAUAGGAAGACCUGGCUCGUAUUACGCUUCAAUUGCGAAACUCUUCGCAAGCGAUUCUGUAAAUGCAGCCGCUACCAACUGCGUCCAGGUUCAGUAUCAUUUUUUAUUUAAUUUUGUUUGGUCUUUUAGGUGUUUGGAGGCGCUGGAUUCAACACUGAGUACCCUGGCGAAAAAUUGAUGCGUGACGCUAAAAUCUUCCAAAUCUACGAAGGAACAUCACAGGUUAUUUUGUACUAAGGUCCGCUUCUUGACCUUCUUAUUCAGAUUCAAAGAAUGGUCAUUGCUCGUCAACUUUUGGCACGUGUAAAACAAAACGGAUACUAUUGA